CUUCUAAUUGUGAUACCCCUUUAAGUUCCUUAGGCAUCUUCGCAGUUUGCUAUGUGCUUCGAUUGAAACCCGCCAGAUUCAAAUUCAAUCUUGCCAUUAUGUUCCAUAGGUCGCACUAACAUUCAGGCCAGAAAGAAAGAGGCAGCACCCAGAAAUCUAGCGAAGGUUUUGGCAAUCCCUUAAAAGUCGUAGCCACUGAGCCACCUAAUGCUCAAUAAGUCGGGUACUAAGCUGAUGGUAACUGCCCCGGUUAGAUUCAGCCCAGGUAAGGCCUCCAGGCUUCAACGACCCCGGACAAUGAGCCUUGCCAACAUGGCACCAAUAAAACCAACGGUAUCCACAAUAUAUUCCGCAGUCACUUGUCAUACCACAAUACUCUGGUUACCUUUUUGCCCUUUUGGUCUUGGGCUAGUCCUAUUUCGCAAUCAAGACGAAUGAUUUUAAGCCUUAAGAUGUUAGUAUUUAAAACAUCAAACUAACCCAAGAGCAGGCAGGUUGCUUGUCUCAAUAUGAGCUGAAAAGCCGUGAAGUUAAACAUUCUGCCCGGCUAUCGACAAUGGCGGAGCUCGGCCUAGCAGUAGUAUCUCUCACAUUUCAGGUGUUUGCGGGCUGUAUUAAAGGGUAUCAGCUGCUUUCCGAGGCUUCCGAUCUCCCGAGGGAAUAUGAAUACAUGAGAGUGCGACUCAAAACAGAACAGUUUCGUCUCCUUGACUGGGCACAUAUCGUCAAGAUCUCAGAGGAUGACGAUAAUCUCUCGGCUGGGACGGCCGAAAGGGGAGUGUUCCUGGAAGUUCUUCAGCAACAGCAAAAACUCCUGUUCCGAUUUGCUCAAUACGGGGAACGUCUAGAACCACUCGCAACACCAACAGCUCCAGAACCAAAAUUGCAAGCUAGCAGCGCUGACGCGACUUCGCAUCACGUCCGUUUUCCGCAAUCAAAAGAUCUUCUACAGAAGGCGCUGUUGUAUAUACAUACAACACGUAACCUCCCUGGGCGACUUCGUUGGGUAGUACACGAUAAGGCUAAAAUUGACACACUCCUCGGCAAACUUGCCGAUUUGAAUAACUUCCUCACGGAAUUCCUCAACAAGAACCAGGUGGGGAAAUUCCUCGAGCUUCAGGCCAGGACAAAUUAUGGGAUAAUGCAGCUUAACUCCAACGUGGGUCAGCUAUUGAACAUAUUCCAAGCAACACGCUCGCAGAUGUCACCAGAGUCGGCAAGAACACGUCGUAUUGACGACCAUGCGACUACUCGGCCAACAGGUCUCAAUGUCGGGGAACGUCCAAAGACAGCGCCAGUUCCGUACGACGACCUAGCGUCUUUAGCCAAGAUCAAGGCCCUUAAUCUCGCCAUCGAAGAAAGCAACCUGACAGACCCGCUCGCCAAAAGAUUUAGGGCUAAAAACAGCCAGAGAAAUUACAUCAGCCGAGUUGAACGCGACAAACAUGUCUGGAUUGAAUGGAGACGGUUUCCUGGCGAUGAGAACGGCUGGCCUCAUCUCCACCAGUACCGAACAGGCUGUAACCAACAAGGAGCAACAAACACUACCCUUGAUAGUGAUGGCAGGAUGAACGCUCGCCCAACCGCACUUGUUGCCAUGUUACGCCCUCGUGACAAUGCGGAAUUAUUCCAUGCGUCGCCGUGCUUGGGUUAUUUCUGUAGCUAUACACCUGCUGUUGCAAUGUCACGAGCUGUGAUUGAGGUCGACGAAAGAGAACUCUGUUCCGGUCUUGUCUUUGAGAAACCACACGGCUGUGAUCCUAGCGUGCGUCUGGCAUCAUUGUUAAAACUACUCCGGCGCCGUUCACCACUGGUUCCCAGUCUAACGCAACGCGUAAAGCUGGCACUUGCCGUGGUCGAGAGUGUUGAGCGCUUGCACGCGGUUAAUUGGCUUCACAAAGGCUUGCGCAGCUAUAACAUCUUGUUCUUCGCUGGCGACAACAGGACUAGCAAGAGAGAUGCCCAUGAUCAUAAAUUCGACUUGACGCAGCCCAUUGUUUCUGGGUUUGAUUACUCACGGCCAACGAAAAAGCAGCAGUGGACGGAGAAGGCGAAAAAAAUCCAGCCCACGAUAUGUACCGCCGCCCAAAGCUUUAAGAAAACCUAUGACUACUACAGCCUCGGUGUCAUACUAUUCGAGAUCGCACGUUGGCAGUCCAUCGAUACGAUCCUAAACGUAGAUCUCGAAUCGGCACAAAUAAAGCACACCAUCACGGUGCGCCGACGGCUGCUGCAUGAAGAGCUGCGGAGUGUACGGGGAUGCAUGGAUGAUGUUAUGCACGACGUUAUCGAGACGUGUUUGACCGGUCCGACGGCGUUUGGGCUUGAUGAUACUAAUGACGAGGUAGAUCCAGAGGUCGCGGCGCAGUUGCAGCGUGAAUUUUAUUUUAGGGUCGUGGAGAAGAUUAAAGGGAUUUGUGUUUGA